GAGUCUGUGAGAGUUGUCAACAGAGUAACUAUCUCGCUUUUCGGUCAUGAUGGCCACUAAUUCUGAUGCACUCCUACUCGGACUCUCGUGGGCUCUCAUCAGAUUUAAACCUGGUCAAACCUUCACGAUAAACAACAAGAGUUUUAGUCCCUGUUAAACUGAAACUGAUGUCAAUUCUCGCCUAUUCCAAGCUCUUUUAGCUUGCGCUUCGCUUCUUUCCGUAGUCGCUAAAAUUGCAGAAGCCCUCGCUGUACUGUCAUACAACUUCCUGGUCGCGUUAUCUUCACAUACUAUCUUAUUUAGUGAUGCUGGUUUAACACCAUCUAAUAUAAUAUCGGCGAAAAAAUAGAAAAGAAACGAUUGCACACAAAUUUAGAACAGUUUAAGAUCUUAGUCUUGGUAAGAAUUGCCUCAAUUUUGGGUUCAUGUUUGAUGAAUAUUAAACGCCUUUGCGGGCCCCAUUAGUUUUUUUUUUUGUUUUUUCCGUAUUGUUAAAACGAAGGGGAGGGCCCUAAGGAUAGCAUUGGUGUGUAAUGAGUUGAUUUGCCACCAGACAUCAUGUUUAAAAUCAAUAAGUUAUGAGCCCACGAGCUAGUAGGAGGUCUGAAGAAAUACAACAAUCUCCUGGCAGUAAUCACUUCACAUUUUGUAACUCGCCAAGAAUGUGAAAUCACUUGGACUAAAAAAAAAAAACAACUCCAGAAGGACUGCAGUCUUGGAACUUGUUUCUCGACGCCAUCAUGUUCGUGAAAAGCUCCCUCAUAGGGAAGACUCCCAAUGGAGCCGCGAUAAAGGGUAUUGAUAAAAAGGGCCAAACAAAUACUUCAAACCGCCAAGGGCCUUCAACAAAAAGGGUUAAGUUUGAUUCAAGUUCUAAGGAAGAGGAAAUGGAGACUGAGACUGAGGACCCAGGUGUGAUCAUAGAUGAAGGUCCUGAAAGUACUAGCGUGGCUCGGGCCCCUUCGUUUUUUAUUGGGAAGCCGCUGAAGGAUUAUGACGCCAGCAAUGGAAGGAUCCCUUGCAAUCACACUUAUCUUGUCCUUCGCCGUCGUGGGGCUUCUCGUGCUGAUCACGUGUACAGAUUCAACAAGGCAGCCUCGUUAGGUCUGUUGGGACCUCUCAGUCCCUUCAGGCAGUUUGCGAUAAGUGUCGUUACUAACAGAUAUUUUGAGUCGUUCGUUAUUCUCACCAUUCUGGCUAACUGUGUGUUUCUAGUGGUUGAAUGUGCUCCAGAAGAAGCUGAAUACGUCUUCUGUGGUAUAUACACCCUGGAGAUGAUUUUAAAGAUCUUAUCCCGUGGAUUUAUCUUUCACACAUACGCUUACCUUAGAGACGCGUGGAACUGGUUGGAUUUCAUUGUAGUUGUUCUGGGGUACAUCACCGUAGCGCCAAACAUCGCCAACUUGACAGGAAUCAGAACAGUUCGUGUCCUUAGAGCGCUGAGAACGUUUUCUGCUUUGAAGGGUCUCCGAGCGAUGGUAAACACGCUACUUCGUUCAUUGAAGCUUUUGAGUGAUGUCCUGGUCUUGUUUCUGUUCUUUCUCGGUGUCAUGGCGCUUAUUGGGCUACAGCUGUUUUCAGGAGAAUUAAGGAACAAGUGCGUUCUCAAUGUUCCAGACAACAGCUCAAUAAACCUGCAGGAACGAGCCCUUAACGAAAGUUUCUGGUUAAUUCAUGGCGACGAACCUUUGAUUUGUGGGAACAGCUCAACUGCUGGAUCUUGUCCUUCUAACUACACGUGCAUGCCCAAUGCUGGCCCAAACCCUGACCAUGGUUACACGACAUUUGACAACAUUGGUUGGUCAUUAGUCAUGGCUCUACAGAUACUAACGAUGGAUUUCUGGGAAAAUCUUUAUGACAAGAUCAUCAGGUCUUCUGGAGCCCUGUACGUUCCAUAUUUCAUAAUUGGAAUAUUCUUCUGUUCAUUUUACUUGAUGAAUCUGGUGUUGGCAGUGGUGUAUCUGUCGUAUGAACUGGAACUGUGUUCCGCGGAGAAAGAGAGGGAAAAAAAGAAUUAUAUGAGACGGACUGCCCCUUCUUACCAAGCUGACGAAGAGACACUUAAACAUCUGGUUACCCUGGAUGGGAGCUCUCCGCCUGUGCUUACAACUGACGCCCUAGACAAAGAGACCGCAAAAGGAGACUCUACGGAUUCUACAUCCAACGCAAACGAAGUUAAAGACACACAAUUACGCCAUUGUCUAAUACCAGUAUGCGCACGAAGGAAUGGCUUAGGGAUUAGGAAAGUACAGUGCAGGGUUGUCUUGCGCCAAGAUUCUUGUUUUAAAACAAUACGACAGCGCAUGCGUGACAUCACUGCCCAUCCUGGUUUUGAUGCCGUUAUUGUGGUGCUGAUUCUGUUGAACACAAUAGUGCUAGCGGUAUAUCAUCAUGGGAUUGACCCACAGUUUCGACACAUCUUGGACAAUGUGAACUUGGUUUUUACCGCGUUAUUUGCAGCUGAGAUCGUAUUUCGGUUGGUUGCUAUGGGACCAAUGGCAUUUAUUCGCAGCAGAUGGAAUGUGUUCGAUACCACUGUUGUUUCAGGGAGUUUGCUGGGUUACUUUUAUAAAUCUGCCGAAGGACUCAGCAUCUUUCGAACUUUACGACUGGUGCGUGUGCUGUGUUUGGCCAAGUCCUGGAAGACAAUGGAAAGACUGAUGAAGGCCAUCGCUAGAAGCGUAGGUCCGGUUGGCAAUAUAACGCUUAUACUCAGCGUGGUUAUUUACAUAUUUGCUGUGCUUGGAAUAAAGAUAUUUGGUGAGGCCUACACGGCAGACAAGUUUGGAAAGGACGGUGUACCUCGCUGGAACUUCAAUGACUUUUGGCACGCGUUCAUGAUGGUGUUCAGAGUGCUAUGUGGAGAGUGGAUUGAGCCUCUGUGGGACUGCAUGAGGGCCACCAGUGCCGCUAAGGCAACACUGUUCUUCCUAACUGUUCUUAUCGUUGGAAAUUUCAUUGUUCUCAAUUUAUUUGUGGCGCUUUUAGUAAACGCGUUUGACUUCAGAGAGGUUGAUAAUGAUUCAAACGAAGAAAUACAGUCGGAAGAGAAUCCAUCAAGGUGCUCCAUAAAGAAAGUAUUCCGAACCCGCAAGUCUCGCCUGUUUGUAGCCAAGUACCGUGAACCUUUUCGUCUGUACGAGUUACAGGUUCUUGAGAGCAGCUGCUGUCCAGUGAAAGACGAUGGUCAGUUGGCGAUAUCCGAUUCAGAGCAUCAUCAUGCAGAAUCUCCCAGCGCUACUCGUGAAGAGAGCAAGAUUGACCUAGAAAGUGAAAACAUUAUCACGACUGAAACCGCUGUUGAGAAGGACUCUGUCCCAUCAACUACGUCAACCAGUCAAUACAUUAUGGGCACUGAGGACCCCAUCUCAGAGCAAGGUGCCAGUCUAUCGGCUACAAAGCCCACCCGGUACAUGAUGGAAAUAGAUGACUGUCUGCCAGAGUACUGCAUGGACUGUCCGCUGUGGAAACCUUUCUCGUCAAGACGCUUCUGUUGGCUCAAGUUUCGCUGCAGGGUGCGGGUUCUAGUAGAGAAAAAGUACUUCGAGUGGUUUAUUCUUGCCACUGUGUUUCUCAGCAGUUUUGCACUGAUUUUUGAAGACGUUCAUCUUCACAAGAAGCCUAAACUUAUUAAGACAUUGGAAAUACUCAACUACGUUUUCGCAGCAAUUUUUACACUUGAAUUUGUUCUGAAAGCCAUAGGAUUCGGACUUGUCAAAUACUUCUCCUCCGCAUGGAACUGCCUGGACGCGUUCAUUGUUUCGAUUUCACUCGCCUGUGUUUUCGAAGACAAGAAUCUGUCUGUGUUUCGUUCCCUACGUACCUUGCGGGCCUUGAGACCACUGAGAGCAAUCUCAAGAAUGGAAGGAAUGAAGGUUGUGGUGAACGCCCUUUUCGCUGCAAUUCCAGGGAUUGGAAAUGUACUGCUUGUAUCCCUGCUCUUCUGGCUGAUAUUUAGCAUCCUCGGUGUUCAUCUUUUCGCUGGGAAGUUUUACAAAUGUGUGGACGAAGACAACGAGCCAUUGCCAGCAACUACGAUCCCCAGCAAGGCAGAAUGCCUUAAGUAUCCUGAUAAAUAUCGCUGGGAAAAUUCCAAAGUGACUUUUGACAAUGUCCUGGCAGGGUUUCUCGCACUCAUGCAAGUGGCGACCUUUGAAGGAUGGAUGGAAGUCAUGAAGGAUGCCGUUGACUCCGCUGAGGUGGACAUGCAGCCAGAGUAUGAAAACAAUGUGGUGGCAUACUGCUAUUUUGUUGCUUUCAUCGUCGUGGGCUCAUUCUUCGUACUGAAUCUGUUCGUUGGGGUCAUUAUCGAUAAUUUUAACACUUUAAAACAAAAGUACGAGGAACUGAACAGCAUGGGAAUGCUACUGACGGAUACACAAAGGAAGUGGGUUACCUUCCUAAAGGAAGCUGCCAGAAAGAAGCCUCCGAAAAGACAAAUUCGACCGAAAGAGAGAGUAUUCGGUGUCUUAUAUGACGUGGUGACAUCAGACAAGUUUGAGAUUGCUAUUCUGUCAGUGAUAAUGUGUAACAUGGUCAUGAUGACGAUACAACAUCAUGGACAAUCGCCCGAGAUCUCCAGCGUUUUAAGAGUCUCCAAUUUCGUAUUUACCGGAAUAUUUGUUCUGGAAGCCAUAGUCAAGAUUGCCACUCUUAGGCUACACUACUUCAAGAAGCCGUGGAAUGUGUUUGACUUCAUCAUCGUUAUCAGCUCUCUCGUGGACGUUGUACUAGACGAAUUUAGUGCAAACGAAGGAGCCGUCAGCCCUAGCCUGCUCCGAGUUCUUCGAAUCUUUAGAAUCGCCAGGUUACUAAGGCUGGUGGAGUUCGCGAAGGGAAUAAGGCAGCUUUUGUGGGCUCUCAUGAUCUCGUUACCAGCUCUCUUCAACAUUGGCACUCUACUGUUUAUGGUGAUAUUCAUCUACGCAAUCAUCGGUAUGUCUGCCUUUGGAAAUGUCAAACGAGAAGGCGAGUUGAACGACAUUGUCAACUUCGAGACAUUUGGUACUUCGCUAUUGCUGCUGUUUCGACUAUCAACAGGGUCGGGAUGGAACGACAUCAUGGAUGCGUUGCUGCUAAAACCGCCCUACUGUGAUCCAAGCUACAUGGGACUUCCUCAUGGUAACUGCGGCUCCUUCAGCGCCAUUGUAUACCUGGCCAGUUAUGUCAUAAUAGUGUUCCUGGUGAUCGUUAACAUGUACAUUGCCGUUAUCCUGGAAAACGUGAACCGAGCACACGAGAUCGAAGACUUCUGCAUCACCAAGGAAAACUUCGACAGCUACUACGUUACGUGGGGUUUGUUUGUCCCGGACGGGAAGCCGUACCUUCCGUUGGAUCGCUUGUCAGAGUUUGUAGCUACUCUCGACAAACCUUUCAAAAUUCCUCAGCCGAACGCCGGUGUUCUGAGGCAGCUAGAGAUUCCGGUACGAGCAGGAGAACUUAUUCAUUGCUUUGAUCUGUUGAAGGCGCUGGUGCGACGCGUUUUGGAAGAACAUGGUGAGUCUCCAGAAGUGUUCAAAGACAUUACUGUGAGAAUGGAGGCUAGCUUCAAUAAGUCGUUCAUUACGCACAAGAGAAUUUCGUCGCUCAGUGGCUCUACUAAGACUAAACUAAGCGUAGACUUAAACGAAACUGUCACUUAAGACAUGCAAAAACAACAUUUGGCCAAAGUGGAAUUACUCGAAAGAGGGUAUUUUUCAAGGAAAUGCCCCGGUUUAAAAUUAUCAAGCCUAGCCCCUAGGUUUAGCAAUUUGUGGAUGUGACACUAUUUGUGUACACGUUGUCCGACCAAUGUAGACCUUUCUAGCUUCUUACAACGUGGAAAAUUUAAACCAGGUCCAUUUGAAAUUGCAAAGUUACAACAGGGUUUGGCAAAGUUGAAGAAAAAGUGCUGCUACUAAGCUAGAGCAUAAAUAAGACAGCCAGCAAUAACUGGAAAAGACGCAAUUUAUAUCGAGCUGCUUGACAUUUUAACGCGUUUUGUAUACCUGCACAUUUGAGAAUUAGCUUUUCCAAGGUUAGUAUGCAAAGACACUACUAAAGGCAAAAUGGCAUCUAGAGCUUUAGGCUUGAAUUAGAUAACGGUGAGAUGUAGCCAUAGAAAAAAGCCGGCGAAGUGAUUCUCGCUGCAAGGAGAGGAAAUUGAGACAGGUUACAAUCAAUUUUCUUUUUUAACCCCCAUGAAAGUUUGUUUUCCAAAAUGGGUAUAUAUAUUCUGCCGACGGGUUUUUUUUUUACUUCAGUUCUACCUUAAUCUCCUCACCCUGCCGUGAGAAUCAUUUUGCCAUUUCAAGGUUGAUCUCUCUUGUUUAAGAGAAUGAAUGUGAAUUGAAUAUAUUUUUUAUAUACCCGUAAUCGAUUUUAUCACCAUCAAUAAUUGCGUGGCGUGAUGUUAGUCAACUUGCUGAAAUAAAUGUUACCUACUACAACGAACGGAGGAAGCCUGAGGGACUUCAGGGAAUAUGGGUGUGCCACAAACGUUUUGAUCUCUCUGCGUUGUCUAUUUGCAACACUAUUUUUUGCUUAAACUCAACACGAGCGUAGCAGUAUAACUCUCGAUGAAACAGAAUAGUUUUAUUAUUUUACAUUUGAGUCCAUCACUAAAGACAACUUUUGUCAUGUUUGCUAAAGGGACAUGACUUAGCAUUUUAGGACCUACACAAAGACCUUUGAUAUAUAUACUAGGAACUGAAAGAUACCCAACAGCGAGGAUUCCUCUGUUUAUGUAGCGUGUCGGGGCAAAAAUGUUUUUACAUCACGCAUCCCACAUUGAUGGCACUAUAUACAAAACCAAUCUAUUCACUGGUUAGACUCAGGAGCAUAAUGCAACGCACUUCACUAAGUAUUUGGAUCGUCACGCAAUGGGCACUUUGCAUGAACUGUUCAGAUAGUAGAGCCUCCAAAACCGUUUGAGCCAGUCAAACUUGACUCCUCUUUGCUUUAGAUAUCCCAGUGCGUAGCUUUCCAUCCGGUAUCGCAGAUUUUGUACCACGUGACCGGUUCAUGCACAGGGGCUCAUUCUACAUAGUGGUUGGACAGAGUAUUAGGUUCAAAUGUGAUUGCCGAGUGACUUAAACCGACAGGCAAAGAUUUGUAAACAUAUUAGAAACUGUAAAGCAAUAAAACGUUUGGCACUUAA